AUGGCUGCCAUUCUGCCCUCAAACGACGAGCCACAAUGGCUCCCUGCCCCAGCCCCAAUCUCCCUCCUCACUGCUCAAACCUGCACCGAUCACGUUCAUCUGAUUCUCGGCACAAACCCACUGGCCUCGUCGCGAGUGUCGCAUUCCAUAUCCUCUGGCGCAAAGCCCGUCGUUGUCGCGCCGCACGACUCCGAGAUUCACUACGCGCUCCAACGGCGAAUCGAUGAGGGUGACGUGCAGUGGCAUCAGAAGCAGCUCCAGGAAGAUGACCUCUUCAACCUCGGACGCCAAGAGGUGGGCAAGGUCGUAGACGCUGUCUUCAUCACCUUUGCCCCCCGUGAUGCGAAACCAGAGAUUUGCAAACGAAAUCGCAUACCGAUCAAUGUUAUCGACGCGCCCGACUUGUGCACCUUCACCCUCCUCAGCGUCCACUCCGACGGUCCCCUUCAAAUCGGUGUCACUACCAACGGCCACGGCUGCAAGCUCUCGUCUCGCAUCCGCCGCGAGAUCGCCUCGUCCUUGCCUCCCUCGCUCGGCAAUGCAGUCACCCAGAUCGGGCGGAUACGGAAACUCGUGCAGCAGGGCGAUGCUGCCAUUGGCGACAUGGACGACUCCACCGGCCAGGGAAGCUCGUUUAACAAACUGAUCAAGGAAGGCUCCGAUGAAGAGGCCAAAACGAGACGAGUGAGGUGGCUGAGCCAGGUCUGCGAAUACUGGCCUCUGCGAAAGCUUGCCACCCUUACCGAGGAAGAUGUCGAGAGGGUGUUUGCGUCCUACACAUCCUCUCCUUCAACGAAGCCGCCGCCUUCACCGCCAGGGUCAUCAUUAGGCAGGAUCAUCCUCGCUGGCUCAGGACCUGGCCAUCCUGAUCUACUCACCCAGGCAACCCACAAGGCCAUUCAGGCCGCUGACAUCAUUCUGGCGGAUAAGCUCGUACCGUCUGGUGUGCUGGACCUGAUCCCUCGGAGGACGCCCGUGAGCAUCGCCAAGAAAUUCCCUGGGAACGCGGACGCGGCGCAACAAGAGCUACUCGACGCAGGUCUCGCGGCCUACCUCUCGGGACGCACCGUGCUGCGCCUGAAACAAGGCGACCCGUACAUCUACGGUCGCGGAGGCGAGGAAUACGCCUUUUUCAGGGCCCAUGGCGUCCCGAACGAGAAGAUUGUCGUCUUGCCUGGCAUCACGAGCGCCCUCAGCGCGCCCCUGUUCGCGAGCGUGCCCAGCACGCAGCGCGACGUCGCCGACCAGGUGCUCAUCUGCACAGGGACGGGCAAGAAGGGCAAGCCACCAAAGCCACCACCAUAUGUCGCUUCGCAGACUGUCGUCUUCCUCAUGGCGCUGCAUCGUAUAGGAGGGCUGGUGGCCGAGCUAACGCGUCUUCUGCCCGCCACAGAGGCCUCAGAGGAGGAGAAGCCCGGACGAGAACUCUGGCCGUUUACUACGCCCUGUACUGUCAUUGAGAGGGCCAGUUGCCCGGAUCAGCGCGUCAUCCGCACCACUCUGCGACACGUGGUGGAGGCCAUUGACGUGGAGGGCUCCCGCCCGCCGGGUCUACUCGUUGUUGGAAGGGCAUGUGAGGUGCUGCAUAAGAACGAGGACAGAGGUCGCGCAUGGAUCGUAGAGGAAGGUUUUCGGGGACUUGAUGUGGGGGACACGAGUGCCCUGGCUGACCUGAAAGAGUUGGCGGCCUUGGCCUCGUGA